AUAAAGUUUAUACGACAUACUUUAGACGUACAAAAUGAAAAGUUUAGGCAAAACCCACGGGGCCGAAAACGAUUAGUAGCAUUUUGCAGGUGGCUGGUGGACAUGGCAACACAGAUGCAAGAGCUAGCGCAACCGUGGUGACGCAACCAAGAGAGGAGAAGAGAAGCAAAGGUGUCCGUCCGAGCUACACGCAUGCCGCUUAUGGCUCUGCACCGCACCUUGACCCAACCAAAUAUCCCGCAAUUCACUCACCUGUUUAUAGUCGUAUAGCCCCUCUCCUUCGGCGCCUCCAUCCGUCGAUCGUCUCACCGCCGGCCGCUCACCGGCAACAAUGAGCCCCACCUCGCCACGCCUGCCCCUCCCCGCCACCAACACCGCGCCGCCGUUUAAAGUCCACAGGGGCUCCCGCCUCAUCCACAAGCAGCCACCCGCCGCCGCAUCGUCCUCCUCCUCCUCCAACUCUUCCACCUCCUCCGCCUCCGGUCUGACGACGACGACGAAGAACAAGAACAAUGCCGCCACCGCCGCCGCAGCUCACCGCCCGCCGUCGCGCCAGCAACACAAGCAGCAGCAGCAGCAGCCAGUGAUUAUAUACACGCACUCGCCGAAGGUGAUCCGCACGAGCCCACGCGACUUCAUGUCCAUCGUGCAGAGGCUCACCGGACUCGACAGCGCCCGCACCGCCGCCUCGCACUCGCACCACGACUCCUCCUCCUCCUCCUCCAGCGCCGACAGCUGCACCAACACCUCCCACCACCACGCACACGCGCCGCCACCGCCGUCGUCCCACUCCCACUCCUACGUCGUUGUCGAUCCGCCGCCGCCGCCACUGCCAACGACGCACCACUUCAUUCCGCCGGAGAUCCCACUGCUCGCGCGUGCACCAGCCUCCGACCUGCCGCCGGCUCUCUGCGCGUACGCCGCCCCGUUCGUGCCGGUGAUGUCGUCGCCGGCCGCCACCGCCACCGCCACCGUCUUCUCCGCCCCGGAUGUACCGUUCCCGGAUCAUUAAUCGCCAAUAUCCACGUACGCAUGCAUGCGGCAUGAUUGUACCAUUGAGUUAUUAGGAAGGACCCAACCCAGAUCGGAUGAUCAAUGCCUGCGCAUUCACGCAAAUAAUCGGAACCAUGCAUCCAAGGUUCCAUGCAUCUUUUUUGCUUCUUCUCGGUUAUUACUACAUUAGUAUUAGUUCUUCUUCGUCAGGAGGAGGAUUUACCAACAACUUAUAAAUAGUAUGUUAGUGCCAGGCUGAGGCCGGCCACGAGAUAGAUGUGUUUUCCACACUGUAAAAUAAAUAAUUAAGAUGGAGGAAUAACUUAUGUGUUAGAGUGCGAAUACAUUAUUGUUAUUGUUUU